AUGGCUCACGCUUCAAAGGAAUCAUCCCCUGCCAUAUCUUCCUGUUCGGCUUCCUCUUCCUCGACACCCCAUGCGAUCGCACCUCUCCUCCGUUCCGAGCCGAUUGGGCUUAAAAAUCCACUCUUGAUCGUGCAGGCGCCACAUCUCUUUUCCGCUCAUUAUCGUGCGUUUGGCGACAAGCCAACGUUGAGGAAUCAUCCUGCGCGUUUUCCUCGUCAGGGGCCUCAUGCUUCUAAACCCGUGCAAGGAUGUUCGACGCACACACCCUACCACUGCCAUCCGAAGUCGUAUCAUCUUUCUCCCCUUUCGACUGUCACAUCUGUGUUUCAAGAAUGCGGCUCUUCACGAUCUCUGCAGAAGACGAAUCGUUCUGCGGCGAUGACUUCCUCGAAAAAUUGUCAGCCUGAUAUCUCGAUGGAUACCACACCAGAGCUUGGUACGCGGAUACGGGCCCAGUCCCAAGUACGUUUGGACUUGAAAAAAUAUCUCUACCAGGAAGCAGAGGCUGCCGCAGUGGAACGCUACCGCGCCGAACGAGCUGCACGAAUGCGUCGAGAGACAGAAAUGCAUCUAGAGAGGAUGGAGACUAAGAGGAAGGAGCGUGCCGAGCGGUCUGCACGUGAGAGGGAGCAGUUUCAGCAGGAGCAGAGAGAGAGGAGUUUGGCAUUUCAGCAGGAGAUUAGGGACAAGGCGGACAAGUUGGCUGGCGAGAUGAGGGAUACGAGGGCGUCGAUGGAAUGGCAUGAUGCGAGGAGGAUUCAGAGGGAGCGUGAACGAGAGAAGGAGGAGGCAAUGGAGGUGGAUCAGGAGGAAUGCUCCUACGAGACUAUGCUGGAGGCGAUCGAAUUGGCACUGAGGCAGUUGCGGAUUUGUGAUUGA